AUGUCGGCCGCCCCAUCCAAAGGUGCAUCAGGGGCUCUUGAUGUUCAAACGUUCGGUGAUGGAACUGGCGGCAUCGAAAACUAUGAAGGGAGAUCGGAAGGAGUAUUCCACCCAAAGGCCCCAGAUGUGGAACAACUCAGACUCCAGGAAGCAUCCUUGUCCUUUGAGUCCAAUAUCAAGGCUUCAAUAGUUCAUUUCCACACUGCUGCUAAUUAUUUCGUGCGUGGGACACCGACAAUCCAGCAAUUGUUAGAUAUGGGCACUCCGGCGGAAUAUAUGGCACAUUUGGAAGACAAUAACCCAUCCGAGAAUCCUGACCUCCGCUGGAUCCAUCUGCCCGCAAACAAUAUGUCGUGGGUAGAGAGCAUUGUCACUCGUAUAUACUCAGAACCAUCUCGGAAAACCCAAGCAGAAGCGGGUACAACGUCUGAACUGUCGAGGGAAUUACCUAGUAAGGCUCACGCGCCAUUUGAGAUGAUCGGAAAGAAUGCGGAGAUAGUCAAAGAUCCAGACGACUUAUUCAAGGCAAGCAUGCUGCUGCGUUCUGAGCUGUGGGAGAAGCGACAGUGGCAAGAUCCCGUCUUGCAGAAAUCGGCUCAGGGCCGAUUUCUGCGCCCGUUGUACUCAAGAAUUUCGGCAUCAUACACCAGGGCCGUGAUAGACGAAGAAAAGAUGGACCAACAUGAAGGAUUGUUCUCUGUCGAAGACGCUGAGACAAAUUCGGUUUUGUUUAUGCCAUAUGUACACUGGGAAGAGGUUGACAUGUAUUUGCACCGCAACAAGUGCCUGGAUUGGAUGUUGCGUCAAAGGAAACCUGAGGAAAUAUCCGGUCCACCCGAAGAUGUCAAACCAAAGCCCUCGAUGAACGUCCGAGCGUUAAAAUUACUUCAAAAGAAAACCGAAAAAUCACCCGGCCUACGCCAAAGUGUCAAAGCAACGUCCUCGGGGAAUGCCGUUGCAUGGAAGGGUGCACGUUUAGACACAAACGUGGCAUGGGAUCGGGAAAUGAUGAAAAAAUAUGAACGUUCUAUGGAAGAUCUAACGAACGAUGCGAAGCUACUCUUUGCAUAUGUUCACGAAGCACGUCCGCUUCACGUCCGCCGCACGUUGGACCAAUCAUAUUACUACCCUCUCCCGGACGCAGAUGUCAGAAAGAGAGACUUGGAUCAGGUGCUGUACCGACAUACGAAAAACUUUAUGGAUAUGAAGGAGAAGUCUCGUAUCUUGAUGGUAGACCAGCUUUGGAUGUGGAUCGUUGACGAGCCUGGCAGAACGAAAACGUUGUUGACGGCUUUUCCACAUCGCUGGAUCGGGAACCCGGUAGUCGCUCACGCGGAGGUCACCGAUGUCUACAACAAAAUCUUCAGUGCUUUGUGUACUGGCGCUGCUGUUACAUCCGUUGUUGACCUUAGCUGCUUGGUCAUUGACAAAUGCUCGGGUCUGUUUCAUCCAUGUGUUGGUGAAUCUGAUCAUUCCCUGGAUUAUCUUGAGGUAUUUGCCGUUAGCAUUGCACGGCUUGCUGAUGCUCAAACACAACAAGUCAACGAGUUUUCUAUGCAUUCUAGACGAUUAGUUGCUCUGCAGGAUAGAAAACAAGAACUUUCCGAAGCUACUCUUCGUGAAAGACUGUUUAGAAAACCUUCGUCGCAUGCUAAGACCGCUAAAGGAAAUGAGAGUUGCCCUCAAGAGAGUAACCCCGAGCAAGGUGUCAAGCCAAAUGCAAACGCCUCAGCACAACCACCGAACUCCGAAUCUUUAUCUCAGGAAGAUCAAGAGGCGGCAGAAUGGGCAGACUGGUUCAAAAGCACAACGAAACAAGACCUCAAACAUUCCAAUCCACUAAAGGACCUUUCAGGCAUCUUGGAAUCAGGUACAAGUUUAGAAAUUAACCGCGAAAUUGAGAAAGAGAUGAAUGCAUUAGUCAACGUCACGGCUGAAAAUGACAGCUUAAAGGAGAUAAAAGACAUACUAGACGAACUCAACAGCCUCUCUCACGUGUUUCAACAGCAGGUGAAAAUAAUGAACGAUGUAGUUGCUUCCAACACUCCAUCAAAGAGCACCUCACAUCCAAACGAUCUUAACAAUCCUACGCGUAGACCGUUCACCAAAGAGGAAGGAGACGACGAUCUCUCGAAGGCGAAAGAGAAGGAAACGAGUGAGGGGCUCGACGGAACUCCAGAGGUUCAACAGGAUACCGCUGAAGACGUACGGGACAAGUAUGCCCUGGUUUUGUCGACAUUGUGCAGAAGAGAGCAGGAUAUUGAAAAUCUCAAGGUGAAGGCAGAACGUGUAUACGAUUCUAUCUGCGAUCUCCUAGACCUCAAGCAAAAGCAAGCGAGUGUCUCCGAAGCGUACUCGGCACGUCAGGCAGCUGCAGAGACCACCAGACAGGGACGAACCAUUUUGCUGUUUACCGUGGUGACAAUCAUCUUCAUGCCUCUAUCCUUCAUCGCUGCAAUCUACAGCAUGAAUGCCAAGGAGAUCAACGGCAAUGAUCGGCCCAUUAAGAAGAUCUAUCAAGUUAUGUUUCCCGCCACGGUCGGCGUGGUGAUUAUUUCGCUUAUCUUUGCGUUCAACGCACACAUAUGGUGGUUUCUGGUCGGGUUGCUGACGUGGAAGCGUCAAAGAAAGGCAAGGAAAGACGGUUCGUCGAGAAAUGACAAGUCGACCGGAAAACCAGCGACAGCGAGGACGACAACAAAGUCAGACACUGCCAGAACUUUGACGCAUACAGAUACCACGAUGAGCGGUGCUACUCCUUCCGCGAUGCAAGAUCAUUCCGAUGAGAAAGGCAGUAGAGGUAUAGGGUCACUGGCCAAUUGGGUAAGACGUGGACGAAAACCAGGCAGAGGGAAGCAGAAUCAGGAGGCGGGAGACGAAGAAUCGAACGAUAUGGAGAAGGCCGUGAAUUCAUGA